AUGGAAGCUAACACAACUGGAGGUGGAGCCCAGAAGAAGAUUUUGAAUGGUGAAAUUGAUGAAGGGAAAAGGGUUGUUUUUGUAGUGAAGGAAGAGAUAGAAAGAAACCCUUUGAUCACAGAAGCUCAAAGGCGUGAACUUGACCAUCAAGUUUUCAUUUUUAAUCACUUUGCUUAUAACAUUCCUCUCCCUCAUUACCUUUUGCAGUUUCCAACUCUUGUGUCAGAAUACGGUUGCUGUGGUUCUGAUUACAGGACUAUGUUGGAUUCAGAACCAAAUAGGUGUAGAAGAACUGAUGGAAAGAAAUGGAGGUGUGGUAAGGACACAAUACCUAAUCAGAAGUAUUGCGAACGCCACAUGCAUAGAGGUCGAAAUCGUUCAAGAAAGCUUGUGGAAACAUCUGUACUUAACUCUCCUAAUUUGAAAGCAAAGCCAAGUAAUGGCAGCACACAUGCAAAACAAGUCCCGAAAAUUGAGUCUGCAGUUUCAAAUCCAAAUCCUUUGGUCAUUCAACACAGCCGUGCAAUCUCAUACACCCCAUCGAGGAGCUUCUGUGUUGUAAAUAACCAGUCCAGUUGUAAUCGGCCGAGAAAUGCCAUAAGUUCUGAUGCCACUUUGGUGACUGUGGUGACUGCUUCCUCGAUCCUGCCCCCUGCAGUUAGACCUAAGGUGACCACUGCCUCGAACCUGGCCCCUGCAGUUAGACCUAAGGUGACCACUGCCUCGAACCUGGCCCCUGCAGUUGGACCUAAGGUGAUCACAUUCGGAGGCACGGCAUCUCAUACUUCGGAUAACAGAGGCCGUCUUAAUGUAUGCAAUCAAGAUUUCUCCCCGAAGAGCGUUCUUCAAGUUUCUGGUUGCAAUGACUCAUAUCUCAAUGAUAGAAACAGUAUAGCAGAGCCUGAACCCGGUAGAUGCCGAAGAACAGACGGUAAGAGAUGGCGAUGCAAGAGCGCAGUUCUUCCAGGUCAGAAAUAUUGUGCAACACAUAUGCACAGAGGUGCUAAAAGACGUUGUACAAACACCGAAUCAUCUCCUCCUUCUGCUAUUGCUACUACAACUGCAAUUAGUUCAGAUGUUACCAUUGCUCGGUUGCCUUACGCUGAAACAGCAACCGACAUUCAGAAAGCCGACUGUCGAAUUCCAAACACACAGCUUACAAUGUCAGUUCCAGAAAGUGCAGCACCAUCCUUAGAAUGUAAGGAGAUACGCGGCGGCCGCAGUGAUACCGAUACUAGUACUACCAUCACUGAUGCCGUCGAUGAGUGUAGCUAUCUUUCUUUCUGA